AGGAAGUGGUUAAGAACCUUGAGGAGAACAAUGUGAUGGUGAUAUUAGACAACCAUGUAAGCAAACCAAUGUGGUGUUGUGACAAAUAUGAUGGCAAUGGCUUCUUCGGUGACCGCUACUUCAAUCCAAGCGUCUGGCUUGAGGGUUGGAACAAAAUUGCCACAUUGUUCAAUGGUGUUCACAAUGUCGUCGGCAUGAGCUUGAGGAAUGAGUUGCGAGGACCUGGGACGAAUGUUAGCGUUUGGUACAAUUUCAUGCAAAAAGGAGCAGAAGUAGUACAUGAUGCAAACCCUAAUGUUCUUGUUAUUCUCUCGGGUCUUGACUUUGAUAAAGAUUUGGGAAUGCUUAAGAAUCAACAAGUGACUGUUUCUUUCAAGAAAAAGCUUGUAUUUGAGGUUCAUUGGUACAGUUUUGCUGCUUCUAAUGAUUGGAAGAAUGGAAACCCCAAUGAUGUAUGUGGAAGUCAGGUUCAAAUUAUAAAGGAUCAAGCAUUCUAUCUAUUGGAUCAAGGGUAUCCAUUGUUUAUGAGUGAAUGGGGUAUAAAUCUUGGGGGAAAUAAUGUUGGUGAUAACAGAUUCGCGAGCUGUGCUUUUGCUCUUAUAGCUGAACUUGACUUAGAUUGGGCUUACUGGUCACUUAUGGGAAGUUAUUACUAUAGAGAGCAUAUUAUGGCAUUGGAUGAAAGCUAUGCUGUUUUGGGUUGGGAUUGGGCAGAGGUUCGGAACCCAAGCUUCAUGCAAAGACUUUCUUCUAUACAAUCCCCUUUCCGAGGUAUGGGUCUUUCUGAUCAUGAACAAUAUGAUGUAAUUUACCAUCCACUCACGGGAUUGUGUAUCCCUAUGAAUCCUGAUGCACCACCAGUAUUUCCUGUUAAGUUAGGUUCUUGUGUCCAACCUGAAGCUUGGACCUAUACACUUGAAAAGAAUCUGCAAAUUAAGGAUGCAUACUACUGCCUAAAAGCUGAUGGAGAAGGUAAACCUGUCAAGUUUGGAACUGAUAGUGAUUGCAAAAGUUCGAAUGCCAAAUGGGAGAGAAUAACAAGCUCCAAGUUUCAUUUCUCAACAAUGGUUAACAAUACUACCUUGUGCUUGGAUAUAGACUCUAACAACACCAUUGUCACAAAUAAAUGUAAAUGCUUGACUGGAUCAUGUGAACCUGCAACUCAGUGGUUCCAUAUCAUCCCUAGUACCAUUCGCUAUGAUUCCUAGGAUUUACACCAGAAAAGCACCUUCAUAAACAAAUCCAAGAGAAUUACAAUCCUUAAUGUAAUCCAAUUUUGAUAUUUCUAGUA